AUGGGAACACCUAUGCGCAGUGGAAUGGUAAGAAGACCAAAUGAGACAAUGAGGCUAAUAGUAACAACUUUUAUCAGUAUUGUAUUUGGAUUCUUUUUAGGAGUAUCCUUCCCAACAAUUUCAUUAACCAAGAUGAACCUUCCAUCUACUCUACUUCCAUCCAUUGAUCUUGGUUACAUAGAGGACAAAUACUCAGGCCUCUCAUCACAAGCCCUCUUGAAUGUUUGGUCUUUAAUAAGGCAUCACAAGGGUUUAUCAUCAUACGAACCAGAGGACACAAAGAUAUGGGUGUCAACAAAUCCUCAAGGUGCUCAAAGGCUUCCACCAGGUAUAGUUGCAUCUGAGUCUGAUCUCUACCUCAGAAGACUCUAUGGUAUACCCAGUGAGGAUUUGAUUAUCAAACCAAGGUACCUUGUAACAUUUACAGUGGGUUAUGAGCAGAAGGAAAACAUUGAUAAAGCUGUGAAGAAGUUCUCAGAGAACUUCUCAAUUUUAUUGUUUCACUAUGAUGGACGCACAACUGAAUGGGAUGAAUUUGAAUGGUCAAAGAGAGCUAUACAUGUCAGUGUUCUCAAGCAAACUAAAUGGUGGUAUGCAAAACGGUUUUUGCAUCCAGAUAUAUUGGCACCUUAUGAUUAUAUAUUCAUCUGGGAUGAGGAUCUUGGAUUGGAGGAUUUUGAUGCUGAAAGGUAUAUAAGUUUGGUUAAGAAGCAUGGAUUAGAAAUUUCUCAGCCAGGUUUAUCAGCUAAUAGUGGACUCACAUGGCAAAUGACAAGGAAACGAGAUGAUAGUGAAGUGCACAAAGAAGCAGAGGAAAGGGAUGGGUGGUGCACUGAUCCACAUUUGCCACCAUGUGCAGCAUUUGUUGAGAUAAUGGCUCCUGUUUUCUCCCGGAAUGCAUGGCGUUGUGUUUGGCAUAUGAUCCAGAACGACUUGGUCCAUGGAUGGGGUUUGGACUUUGCUCUUAGGAGAUGUGCCGAGCCCGCUCACGAAAAGAUAGGAGUCGUAGACGCUCAGUGGAUUGUUCAUCAAACGGUUCCUUCACUCGGGAACCAAGGAAAUUCCGAGAAUGGGAAGGCACCAUGGGAAGGGGUGAGAGAGAGGUGUCAAAAGGAGUGGGCAACGUUUCAAUCACGGAUGACAUUAGCUGAAAGAGCGUAUUUAAAGGAGAAGGGGAUCGAAUACAAUACUUCAACGAAUGGUUAGUGGGUUUUGGAUUUUGUUUAAAUUAAAUAAAUUUUAUAAAUUAAUGUAAGUAUCACUAAUGGAGAGACCUAGUUUUGUAGUAUUUGGUAAAUGUGAAACUUUUAAUUCCAUGAGUUUUUUAGUUAA